AUGGAAUCAAAUUCUACAACAUCAUUUAAGAACACUCCAGUGACAACAAAUUUCCUCAUCUCACCGCUAUCACUGGAUUAUGUCAUGAACCUUUUAUUCCUUGGAACCACCAAAACUACUUUUACUGCUGUAAAGGCUGGAUUGAAAUAUCCAAAAGAUUUUACAAUCAAAGCUAUUGAAGAUAAUUUACUAAAAUGGUCAAAAUCAGUUAAGAUGAUUAAUGACGUGGAAGUUGCAACUAAAAUUUACGUCAACAACUCGCUCACAAUCAAAAAAGCUUAUAAAAUGUCAAUCAAGAAGAUUUUAAACUCAGAUCUUGAGAAAAUUGCAUUUAUUAAGUCAAAACCAGCCACAACAAAGAUCAACAAGUGGAUUUCAGACUCAACACGUGACAUGAUUCAAAACAUGAUUGGACCGGGUGUCAUUGACAAGAGUACGCUGAUGAUCUUAGUCAACUGCAUCUAUUUUGGUGGAAAAUGGACAGAUCCGUUCCUAAGCGAGUUCAAUUAUGAAGGAAAUUUUACGACUGAAGAUGGAAGCACUAAGUCAACAGAAUUUAUGUAUCAAGAAGCAAGAUUUAAUUUCAGCAGCAGCGUGGAUGAGCUUAAAGGAGCAUCAGCAGUGUCACUUAAUUACGAAGACACAUCAGUGUCCAUGCUGUUCGUCUUACCACCAAAAGGAUCCAAUUUAAAGUCUUGGCUGUCAAGCAUUAAGUCCAUCAAUUGGGCAGCAGUUGAUAAAUCAUUGGAACCAACGAAUGUCAAGCUUUCAAUUCCAAAAUUCAACAUCACAUAUGAUACUGACAUGAAGGAUACGCUGAAAAGUAUGGGCUUAAGUUCCAUUUUUGAUGAUCAAGCUCAUCUUGAUAAAAUCUUUUCUAAACGAUUUGCGAAGGUUUCAAAUUUGUUUCAUAAAAAUGUCUUAACAGUUAAUGAGAUUGGGACUGUUGCAGUGGCGGCUGCAGUUUUAAAAAUUUCGGAUGACUCAUUGCCAAUUAAUCCACAAAAAUUCACAGCAAAUCGUCCUUUUGUCUUCUUUAUCAGAAGUGGACCGACUUUGAUUUUUAUUGGACAAUAUGUUGGAUGA